AUUUCCAUAUUCUGCGUCACGGAUGGACUGGGGAGGCGUAAACUGUCUGAAAGCGACAGUUAGUUCUCUAUGCAGCAACAGAGAAGGAGACCAAACAUACAUACAGGUUGAUAAUAAUACGUGUUCAGAUCUAGAAUAAACGCUUUAGGCUACAUUAGUAAAUCUGUUCAUCUUUAUUGGACUUCAUUACAGUUCUGCGAGAAUGUUUUUCAAAGCCGUUCUAUUCCUGGCAGGCGUGCAUGCGGUUUCAGGCGUUUUUAACGGCAGCUCCAUCGUGAGGACCUUUGCCAGGAGGUUAGUCACGGAAGGGUCCGUGGUCACAGACGAGCCAAUAGAUCUAGACCUACUGGACUACUACCCAGACAUAGACAGUAAUGGGACUGGAGUUGGACUAAACAAUGUGUCCGGACCGGGAGAGAGAGUUGGGUUUAUAAAUGGGUCCAGACUGAGACCAUUGGAACUGGGCUCUGCCAGGAAUGCUACAGAAGUCUGGUCUUACACAAUCUCUGUUAUGGCCAACAACUUCCUCACAGGCCACCUCUCUACCAUCUUCAUCCCGACGCUUUACACCUUCAUCUUCCUCAUCAGCGUGCCUCUUAACAUUGUUGCCAUGGUGACCUUUGCCCAACGGAUCCGGCCCAUGAAGCCAGCAGUGAUCUACAUGCUGAACCUGGCAGCCGCCGACCUGCUGUUCGCCCUGCUGCUGCCCUUCAAGAUCGUCUACCACUACAAUGGCAAUGACUGGGGCUUCGGCGAGGGGUUGUGCCGCCUGGUCACUGCGGCCUUCUACUGCAAUAUGUACUGCUCCAUCCUCCUCAUGACCUGUGUCAGCGUGGACCGCCUGCUGGCAGUUGCCUACCCCAUCAACUCCCUGUCCUGGAGGAGCCCCCGCAACGCAGCCUUGGCCUGUAGCGCCAUGUGGAUCCUGGCUGUGGGUGGCUCGCUGCCUCUUGUCCUCUCACAGCAGACAGUCUACUACAAUCCACUGGAUAUCACCACCUGCCAUGACAUCCAGGACCUGGAGCUGUUAGAGGAGCAAUACGUCUUCUUCUUUCCUACACUCUCCUGCACCCUCUACUUCCUGCCGCUGUUCGUAAUGGUGAUCUGUUACUCCCGGGUGGUGCAAGUGCUCAACAAGGCUCCGUGCGGUGUUGUAGGCCGUUCAAGGCAGAAGGCGCGGGCUGUGGUGAUGGCGGUUACCGUGCUUGUGGUGUUCGUGGUCUGUUUCACACCCACCAACUCCAUUCUCCUCGCUCACUACCUCCAGAUCGCUGGGCAGGUGGGUGGGGAGCCGGACGCUACCCACGUGGCCUACCUCGUGUCACUAUGUUUGGGGAGCAUCAGCUGCUGCCUGGACCCCCUGGUCUACUAUUUUGGCUCGUCCCAGUGCCAGAGACAGCUGGAGGCGGCGCUGGGAUGCCAGGCGGUCACUGAGGGAAGGAAGAGUCUGGCCUCGUCCUCUGGUUCCUCCAGGACCAGCACCAGGACCAGAAUAAGCACGAGGACCAGCACUAGGAUUACUAAGGUGGAUACCUUCCAGGCCAGCCUCAGCAGCCAGUACAAGAAACUCCUGGUCUGAUGGAUGGAGACACAGAGAGCUGUUUCUUUUUCACUGACAACAAUUAAAAAUAUAUAUUUAGUAUAUGCUGUAUUCCCACUGUUUCAGACAGUGCAAGAUGCUUCUGGUCUGACAGAUAGGCUAGGCUACUUCUGAGGAGAAAGAAUGGAUUUGGCUUGUAUGAUGAAUUCAGUCAGAUAUUCAUCCAUAGGUCUGGGUUAGCUAUGCCCAACUGUAAAUAUGAAGAGAUACACGUUGUUUCAGACAGUGCAAGAAGCUGCUGUCAUGAUUGUGAUGGGCCAAAGUUGUUUCUGCCCUGUACACCACUACAGUACCAAGAAUAUAUAUUUAGGGUAAGAGAAAAGGAAAAUGUAAGUUUUGUGAAAAUGUAAUGGAUAAUACAAUUUUUAAUCUUGAAGCAGGUUUAAAUUCCCCAAAACGAUUUAUUUUAAGUUUGAUGGUCUGCGAUAAGGGAAUAACAAAGGAGUCUUUAUUCAAGCCUGUAUUGUACCAUUUCUUAAACGCUCACUGAACAAUACAAGGAAAUGCUUUCGACGCAAGCUGAGUGAGGUCACUGCUAUGCCUGCUGGCCAUAGAGAUAUUUACUCAGCAUUGUGAAAUGUAUAGCCUAUGCACUAUGUUGUAUAGAAAUACCAUGCAGUUUAUUAGGUACACCCAUUCUUGUACCAGGUCGGACCCCCCUAAGCCCCCAGAACAGCCUGAACUAUUUGGGGCAUAGAAAGGUUGCACAAUUUGCAUAAAGAGACCUAACGUGUGCCAGGAAAACAUUCCCCACACCAUUACACCACAGCCACCACCCUGUACCAUUGACACCAUGCAGGAUGGGGCCAUGUACUUAUGCUGCUUACGCCAAAUCUCGACUUUGCCAUCAUCAUGAUGCAACAGGAACCAGGAUUUGUCGGCCCAGGCAAUGUUUUUCCACUCAUCAAUAUUCCAGUGUUGGUGAUUACGUGCCCACUGAAGUCGCUUCUUCUUGUUUUUAGCUGAUAGGAGUGGAAUCCAGUAUGGUCGUCUGCUGCAAUGUUUUUAGAAACUUUUACAAAUGACUCAAGACAUUUCAUCUUUUCAUUUUUAAUUCAAUAAGUAUUCAAUAAUUUUGUUAUGGCAAGCCUAAAAAUUUGCUUAACAUGUCACAUUACAAGUUGCAUGGACUCACUGUGUGCAAUGCCAGUGUUUAACAUGAAUUUUGAAUGAGUACCUCAUAGGGGGGUCCGACCUGGUACAAGAUGGAUGUACCUAAUCUGUAAGGUCCCUCAGUCAAGCAGUGAAUGUCAAACACAGAUUCAACCACAAAGACCAGGGAGGUUUUUCAAUACCUUGAAAAAGAAGGGCACCGAUUGGUAGAUGGGUAAACAUAAUAAAAGCAGACAUUGAAUGGUGUAUCAAUACACCCAGUGAUACAGGCGUAGGAGCGAAGCCGAGGUGGUGUACCUUAAUAAACUGACCACUGUGUGUAUAUUAUCACUCAAAUAACUUUAGCUCACACUCAUUAUUACUAAAUAUUCAAUUUGUGUGAAUGUAUAAUCUAUGCAUUCAGAAUUGGAAGAGCUGCUUGACUACUCAAAUACCCAGACAAGUCGAGCAAAACGCGUCAGAGCAGGUACUAUGCUGCGUACAGACACUUGCGCACGCAACGAUAGAAAUAUAACGUAUUGCGGUACUAAUUUGAGAGUAAGAAGUGCUGUGAUGCCCCCUAUUGGUGUGAAUUAUACAUCAAGGCAAGUACAUUUACAGCACUUUGUCACAGUCCUGCAUGUUGCAUUACGUACAGCAGGUGGCGCUACAUAUAUAUUUAGUACAUUCAGUGGAAUUUAUAUUUGGUCUGGAGGAUAACAUUAAAUGAACAAAAAUAUGAAAUGGUCUUAAAGAAGGUAUUUGUGCCAUACUGUUACAGAACAUUACAAAAAACAAUGGUACAUGUUUCAAAUAAAGCUAUCUGAUUUUU